ACGCGCGCUUUUCUCCCGCGCCGGCAGACAGACGUGACAUGUAAUGACACGCAAGACACUUGUCCACGGUCAUGUUGCCAUGAAGGACUGCAGCGGACUGGACUUCGCGUCAAUGGAGUUUGCGUAAAAGCGCCAAAAAAAAAAAAGCCUCAAGUCUCCCGCCAGUUUUACGCGCGCUUUGACACCUGCAGGAGCGGGAAUUCGCGGCGAGGCAUGAGGUGUGCUUGGGAGGACUUGUAGACCCGGAGCUCCUCGCCGACCAGCAUGUCCCCCACGCGGCUGCCGUGCGUGCUUCUCCUCGCGGCUCUCCAAGCAAGCGCCCUCACCGUGGACUACGAGGAAGACUACGAGGACGUCACCGUCCAGCAGAUGCUGGCUCCCAGGUCGCAGCAGUCCGACGCCACGGAGAUACUUAAUAACCUGCUCAAGGAGUAUGACCGGAAGCUCAGACCCGACAUUGGAGUGAAGCCAACCAUCAUAGACGUGGACAUAUUUGUCAACAGCAUCGGGCCCGUGUCCUCCAUAAACAUGGAGUACCAGAUCGACAUAAUCUUCGCGCAGACGUGGACGGACAGCCGCCUGCGCUACAACAGCACCGUGAAGAUAUUGACGCUCAACAGCAACAUGGUGGGCCUGAUCUGGCUGCCCGACACCAUCUUUCGAAACUCCAAGGACGCGGACGCGCACUGGAUCACCGUGCCCAACCAGCUGCUCAGGAUAUGGAACGACGGCAAGAUCCUCUACACCUUGAGACUGACCAUCAAGGCCGAGUGCCAGCUGCAGCUGCACAACUUCCCCAUGGACCAGCACUCGUGCCCGCUCAUCUUCUCCAGCUAUGGAUACCCGAGAGAGGAGAUGGUGUACAAGUGGAGAAGGAACUCCGUGGAAGCGGCCGACCAAAAGUCUUGGCGACUUUAUCAGUUUGACUUCCUGGGCCUCAGAAACACGUCUGACAUCAUAACCACCACAGCAGGUGACUACGUGGUGAUGACGGUGUAUUUUGAGCUGAGUCGGCGUAUGGGCUACUUCACCAUCCAGACCUACAUUCCCUGCAUCCUGACUGUGGUUCUGUCCUGGGUCUCCUUCUGGAUCAAGAAGGACGCCACUCCUGCCAGGACUGCUUUAGGUAUAACUACAGUACUCACCAUGACCACGCUGAGCACGGUGGCGAGGACGUCGCUGCCCAGAGUGUCUUACGUCACCGCCAUGGAUCUUUUUGUCACCGUCUGCUUCCUGUUUGUGUUUGCGGCGCUGAUGGAGUACGCCACCUUGAACUACUACUCCUACAGCACACGCAGGCUGCCUUGCCUGGACAGGAAGAGACACAACUAUUCGGUGUUGGACGCCAGACCGCCGCCCGCCGUCCUUGCCCUCAACAACUCCACGUACUGGCAGGAAUUUGAGGACACGUGCGCCUACGAGUGUCUGGACGGCAAAGACUGCCAGAGCUUCUUCUGCUGCUACCAGGAGUGCAAAGGCGGCGCCUGGAGGCGAGGACGCGUCCACAUCGACUUGCUGGAGCUGGACGCUUACUCCCGGGUCUUCUUCCCCACGUCCUUCUUCCUCUUCAACGUGGUCUACUGGGUGGGAUACCUCUACCUCUAGCAGGAGGAGCCGGGAGAACAUCCUUAGUGCCUUCAGUCCUUGGGACAAAACUUGGGUCUUGGUCCUCCGCUUCGCUUGAUUCUUCGCCGUCUUUCGAGGUUUGUUGUUCCACGCCACAAGAACACCUCUGAUCAUCCCGCUACUUCGCUAAUGUUUUGAGGAUGACUCGUUAAAACAGACAAAGUCUCAAACUUGGUGACAUAUCUUAACGUGACCACGAUUUUUACCAGGCUAACUGACUACCAUAAUCAGGGGAUUUUUUUUCGGAAGCUGUCCCUUAUUGUAAAACAUGUUCAUUGUCAGUAUUACAACCCCGUUUCCUUAUGAGUUGGGAAAUUGUGUUGGAUGUAAAUAUAAACGGAAUACAAUAGGGGUGUAACAGUACGUGUAUUUGUAUUGAACCGUUUCGGUACGGGGGUUCCGGUUCGGUGCGGAGGAGUACCGAACGAGUUCCACACGAACAUAUGAAGUAGCCGCCUAUGCUAAAGUUAGGGAUGUCCCGAUACAACUUUUUCACUUCCGAUACAAUACCGAUAUUGUAGCCUUGAGUAUUUGCCGAUACCGAUAUCAAUACGAUACGAUAUAGGCACGAAUCAUACAUAUAUUUAUUCCUUAUUUUGUUUUUUAGAAUGUUAGAAAAGGCUUGAUAAAAUGAUGUUACUGUUACCGAUGUUGUAGUGUUAAAACAGAAAACAAAAGUCUGCAAGAGUAGGUAUAGGAAAAACUGACCCAUUUAUUAUUAACCAAUUGGUUACAUAAAUUUUAACCUUCAACAUAAGAGUAUUACCUCAACAAAUCCAAUAAAAACAAAAUGUUAUAUUUAAAGUGCAAAAUAACCACUAAUACCAACAUAAUUAUACAAUUGAAAAGAAUAAAUUAAAAAUAAAUUAGAAGACCCUGAAAAAUAACCUAAAUAAAUCCAAUAAAAAAAAACAAAAAACGUUUUAAAGUGCAAACAAUUCAAGUUCACUUCAGUUAUUUUUUUACUGUCAGCAUAUGUUGGAAACAACUGUGGGCAGGGACGAAAACCACAAAAACAACACAAUAUUGUCCACUGUCCAACUGCUCUAAAUUAAGAGUUCACAGCUCCAGUUUCACUGACUGACUAUGCCCAAAACAAUGUAGUAAUUACUCUUAGUCUUCACUGAAGAAUAGUGUAAACACAAUAAACAUAUCACUCUAAUAACAAUAGCAUAAAACAAAUAAUAAUCAGUCAGUGCUGACUACCCUUACUACUCCUCCUCCUCCUCCACUUUCUGCAGUCCGAGCAUAAUGUGGAGAUUUUUUUUUAAGAAGAUAAGCAUUUCGGCAUGCUGUGUGUUAAAAUACUUCCACACAGCCGACAUCACUACACUUUGCUGAGCACACGCGUUGUCGUUGUUGUGAUCACGUGGGCUGUGCAUGCUGGAUCAGAGACGCUCUUCUUCCGCGGCCGCCACCAACGUUAAUUAAGGGGCAUUGCCGCCACCUACUGUGUUGGAGUGUGAUCAAACCAGUCACCUAUUAUAGAAGUGCUGCAGCGGCAAAUGGACAGCUUAUAUCGGAGCGCUUAUAUCGGAGUUUUUAGAUUCAGUCCGAUAAAAUCCGAUAUUCACUCUUUUGGCUAAUAUCGGACCGAUUUCCGAUAUCAAUAUCGGAUCGGGACAUCCCUAUCUAAAGUCCUAACAAGCUGCUCCGCUCCGUUCUGCCUCUGUCUCCUGCACAGCACCCAGUAUUGUCCCUCCCACACAACCAUCUGAUUGGUUACAACAGUAGCG